CUCCCGCCGGGAGAAGAUGGCGGCGGCGGCGGUGGGGCCAGGCGGGCGGGCCGCGGGCUCGUCGGUUCCGUCGCUACGGCGAGGCCGGGGUCGGCGGCGUCGGGACGAGGCCGUCCCAGCGGACGACGACGGAGCCCCGGAGACCCCGGCGCGGCGCUCGGGCCAGCGGGAGGGCGCCGCCGGAGAUCCGGGCCCUCCGCGAGAUUUUAUCUUCCGAACGCCCAUCACUUUGGCCAAACACGGAGAAGUUCACGAGGAACAUAAAAGCCACUUGCGAAAGCUGAGACAUGAAAAAUGGCAAGAAGAGAAAAACCCGGAGGAUUUGAUUCACAAGCUGAUGGCGGACGACGCUGAAGUGGACAGGAGGAGGACGGACGACCAGAAGAAAGAGGAAUCCCUUAUGGCCAGAGUGAGCCACGAACGUGUAAGUUUUCCCGAGUGCCUGUCGGAUUCCGAAAACGAGGAACCCUUCCAGUGCCGGCCCGUCUAUCGGUCAGCUUUUGUCUCCAAGGGCAGCGCCUACUCCGUCGCCUUGCUGGCUGGAAAUUUCAGCUCCCAAGUGGAAAGGAGUCAAAGUUGCAACGAUACUCUGGGUAAUCGAUCGAAGAGCAGGCAGAGAUCGGCUCCUGUUCGAACAAAGGCCAACCCUUCCACUGGUGCCUCCGUUUCCCUCGUGGGCGUCCUUUCCUCCACCCAGAACAACCGCUGCCUCUCUGCUCCGGACCUGACGGCUGAGAAGCGCCUGGUCUCCCACCAGGCGCCGCCUUCGUUCCCUGUCCUGCCUAGGCAGGAGCGCUCGAUCAGCCCCGAGAGCAAUGACAGCAUCUCCGAGGAGCUGAACCAUUUCAAGCCCAUCGUCUGCUCGCCCUGCACGCCUCCCAAGCAGCUGCCGGACGGGCGCGUGCUGAGCCCUCUCAUCAUCAAAUCCACCCCCAGAAACCUGACCAGGAGCCUGCAGAAGCCCACCACCUACGAAGCCAGCCCUCGGAUCCUGAAGAAGUGGGAACAGAUCCUCCAGGAGCGUCAGGUCAAAAAGACUCUCUCCAAGGCUACCUUGACCUGCUCAGUUCCCGAGCCGGGCGAAGAUUUCCCGGCUCCGAACCUCAACGUCCCCAUCAAGUGUCCUCUGCAGAUGCCCAGCGAGGUCUCCUUGCCAGACCCUCUCCCUCUCCCCUCUCUUACAAAGCUGGGCAGUUCUGCAAAUCGGAGAGACUCGGAGGCUACGGAGCUGACCCCCAGGGUCCUCCCGCCAAGACCCACCGAGAAACCCCCCAAUUCCAGGAUUUCCGAGCUCCCCGAAGCGAAAUUGGCGCCCCGUCUGGCUGGGCCACGCCUUCACUUCGAUGCCAAAACGAUAUCCCGGAAAGUCGUCCGAGUGAACUCGGCCUCGGAGAACGGCACUCUCGGGAAUACGGCCGAGCGGAAGCCGCGUAAAUACUGGGACGAGAGCCAACUGUGCCGUCUCUCCAACGGCAUCCGUCUCGAGAGGGGGCUCGGCGAGGAGACCCCCUCUCUGCGGCGCGGACAAAAGCGGCCGUGCAAAACCAAGCACCUGGACCCUUCGGUCAAGCGGCUGAGGCCGUCGGCGGGCUGUCGCAAGGGCCCUGCAACGUCCGAUCCGCUGAGACGGCAGAGGCGACGGCAACGUGGCAGGACGGAGCAGCGACUGCAACAGGAGGAGGCCGACCGGCAGCUGGCCGUGCAACUCCAGCGGCAGUUCGAGAGGGAGAUCCGGACAGCGGAGAGGCCGAAGGGACGAGCCGAUCAGUAUUUCUUACGGUCCAAGAACUCCACUGGGGCAAAGUAACCUUCGCCAACUACGUGGCUUUUUCAAGAUAUCCCCUGUAGAUGUCGCUCGUCAGUCUGGCGGAGUUCCGGGGAGCAGGAGUUCUGUCCGGUUGGUGUAGGAGCCAGAUGGAGGUCACAGUCCAGAGCUUUCUUCCCCCCCCCCAAAGCUGACUCCGAGAUCAUCAAUCUCCCUCGCAGCGAAGACCCUUCGUCUGUUCUCAUCGGAUCUGGGGUGCCGGUCCGGCUGUUGCUGCCUUGGGAUCCGAGUUGGUUACGAUAACGGGGGUGAACCGACGUUGCGAGCGGCGUUUGCAAUUUCAGGAGCAGCCCUGUGUGGCUGGAAGGCCCAGUGGCAGAAUGGUGGAUCUGCAAUAAAAUAUAUUUGAAUCUGUAAAUACAGGUAGUCCUCGACUUACGACAGUUCGUUUAGUGACCGUUCAAAGUUACAACAUCACUGAAAAAAGUGACUUAUGACCGUUUUUCACACUUAACAACCGCUGCAGCAUUCCCCCGUAGUCACGUGAUCAAAAUUCAGGUGCUUGACGACUGACUCGUAUUUAUGACGGUCGCAGUGUCCCUGGGGUUACGCGGUCCUCUUUCGCGACCUUCUGACAAACAAAGUCAAUGGGGAAGCCAGAUUCACUUCACAACCAUGUUACUAUCUUAACGGUAAUGAUUCACUUAACGGCGAGAAGGAAGGUCGCCAAAUGGAGCAAAAUUCACUGAACAACUGUCUCGCUUACCAACAUAAAAUUUGGGGCUCCAUUUUGGAUCGUAAGGCGAGAACCACCUGUAUUUAAAUCGAUAAUAGAUGGUUAAAUCUCCAGAGCAAGGAAAGGGACACUUGCUUGCUUUGAGUCCAAACUAACCACCAUGGGCCAGAGAGGGUCUUUCUCCCCCCUCCCUACCUCCUUGGCUCUCCAGCCCCAUCAGUCCUCGGUGUGGGGUUGCGUUGAAGCAGUAUCAAAAGGCACACCCUGCUUUGGGGCAGGCAGAGCGUGCAACAAACAACGCACUUAAGCUGCUUCUCACCAGUAUGUACAAUGAGGCCUCCGCAACCAGGUUAAACGUCCCGAAUAGAAGCCAGUAAGCCAGGAUCCCAUCUCAGUUUAUUUUUGGCGCACCCAGAUUUAUGCACAAACCUCUUUUUUGCAAGAUGGGAUGGUUGCGGAGUCCUCCCAACCACUUUCAGUAUUCAGGGUUGCGUGUCCCUCCCGAGCCGGUUUGCGGUAUCGCCAGAAAUCCCUGUUUUCUGGCGUCGGAGACAAACCUGGUUGCGUUUUGUGGUUCGACCAAAUCCAAGGAUUCCUUUAAAGAAAAAAAAGUUUGGAGUUUUGAGCGGGUGGUUUGUUUCCCAACUGCUCUUCUAAAAAAAGGAGGUGAAGGGAGCAGGUUUUUUCCAAGCACUUCCAAAGCGGCAACUUUGGCUGACUCACGUGGUCGUUUGAAGCCGUUGGCGGCUCAACUUGAGAAAGUUCCGGGAAAGUAGAAAAAAAGUAAAGCUUUUUUUUCCCCUCAAGGAGUUAGAAUCACGUGAUCUCUGGAACCAGGUUGCAUUUCAAAACCAACUUUGCCCAACUUUCCCCUCGACUCCCAGAAUUCCCCAGCCAGCAUGAAUUCUGGGAGUUGAAGUCCUUCCUCCAUGCUGGCUGGGGCAUUCUGGGAGUUGAAGUCCACAUCUUAAAGCGGCCAACUCAACUUUGUGUGGAGCUCAACUCCCAGAAUUCCCCAGCCAGCAUGGAUGGCCUUUGACUCCCCGAAUACCCCAGCCAGCAUGAAUUCUGGGAGUUGAAGUCCACCCAAGCUGGCUGAGGUAUUUGGGAGUUGGAAGUCCUUCAUUCUGGCUGGGGCAUGCUGGGAGUUGAAGUCCACAUAAAGUUGAAAACUUUGGCCAGCUCAAGAGUAGACUUCAACUCCUACACUGCCCCAGUCAGCAUGAAUGGACCAAUUCCCAGAAUUCCCCAGCCAGCAUGAAUUCUGGGAGUUGAAGUCCACCCAAGCUGGCUGAGGUAUUUGGGAGUUGAAGUCCUUCCUCCAUGCUGGCUGGGGCAUGCUGGGAGUUGAAGUCCACACUUAAAACUGGCCAAAUUUUUCAACUUCAUGUGGACUUUGACUCCCACAAUGUCCAGCCAGCCAGACUUCAACUCCUAGAAUGCCCCAACUAGCAAACUGGCUGAGGAAUUCUGGGAGUUGAAGUCCAUAUUUCCUUAAAACUUUGCUGAGCUGGGAAGUGCAACUUUAGAGCCUGGCUUGGGCCUAUUUCCUAACCUCCCUAAUUGAAAAGCAUUUUCUGAUGAGGAUUAAAACUACCUUUCAACGCCGCCGUUCUUCGCUUGGCCUGGCCUUUGAUUUGGAUUAAAAGCCUUAGUUUUGGGGGUUCCCCCCCCCCUUUUCUGGUUCCAUGACUUAUUCCAAAGGGUAGCUAUGCAUUCUGUCAUUUACCAGGAUGGGUGAAAAGCAGGUUUUUUGGGGGGGUGGGGGGGUUGCAGGGAGAGGGAUUUGGGCAGGACAGGAGUAGCCACCGAUGAUCAAAACUGACUGCGAAAACUUCCGUUUAGCUUUCGGGAGAUUUUCCCGCGGGAAACUAUGCCUCCCGACGUUUUCUUGGACUUCCACAGCCCCUGUCGGUAAGGAAAAGCACCCCAAAAACGAGAUUUUUUUUGUAUUGCAUCCAUCAUCAGUGUUCUUCCUUUUAAUUUGCCUCGUGGAGUUGCUGUCCGUGGAAGCGAAGGAAGAAGAAAGUAUAAGCCUUAAAAGACUUUUCAAUGAACGGAUUAUUUUUUGGGGUGGGUGGGUGGGUGGGGGAAGACGGUUCUCACCUCGGAGCCCUGCAAGCAGAAACUGCCAGGGAUGUGCUGAAUAUUUUCAUUUUCACACCUCCAGCAAGAUGCCCUCCCGAGGACUUCCAACACCGGUAGUCCUCGAAUUACGACGAUUCAUUUAGUGACCUUUUAGAACCACAAGAGUCCUUAAAAAAAAUGACUUAUCACCGAUUUUCACUCUUAACGACUGUUACAGCAUUUCCCAUGAUCCAAAUUUGGACGCUUGGCAACUGACUCGUAUUUAAGACGGUUGAAGGGUCCUGGGGUCAUGUGAUCCCCUUUUGGUGACUUUCUGAUGAGCAAAGUUUUGUCAGAAUUCACUUAACGGUAGCCAGACAGGCCGUAAAAUGGAGCAAAACUCCCUUAAGAAAUGUCUCGCUUAGCAAUGAGAAAUUUUGGGCUCAAUUGUGGUCGUAAGGCGAGGAUUACCUGUCCGGUCCCUUUCACAGAUGCUCCCCCACCCCAAAUCUGAGUGUUGUUUGGUGAGUCGGCAUCUACGGAAGCCGAAUAUUGUGCUCCGUUGCAUAUUCACAAUAACCAAGCUUUCACUCGGUCCUCCGAAUCCCUGCCUGCCUUUUUAAAUACAGAGUCCUCGACUUAGCGACCGUUCAUUUAGUGACCGUCCAACGUUAUAACGGCACUGGAGAAAAGAAGCGACUUACGGCCAUUUUUGACACAACCGUUGCAGCUUCCCCCGCCAUCCCGUGAUUAAAAUUCAGCAACUGACAUGUACUUAUGCCUGUUGCGGUGUUCCAGGAUCACGUGACUCUCCCUUGGCGACCUUCUGACAUGCCAAGUCAAUGAGGGGGAAGCCAGAUUCACUUAACAACCGUGUGACUAACUUAGCAACUGCAGUGAUUCACUUAGCAACGGUGGCCAGAACGGUCGUAAAACGGGGCACUUAAAUCCCUUAACUGACGUUUCAUUUUGGACGGAGUUGCAAGUCGAGGACUACCGGUAUUGGAGUCAUGACGGGAGACAAGCAUUUCCCCCCUCCCCACCCCCGCUGCUUAAAAAUGCAGGUGUGACGUUAAGGAUCCGCUAUGCAAAUGAGGAAACACCUUUUGGUGGUCAAGGACGGGGUUUUCGCCCACACCUGUUGAUUUUUUACCUGGGAUCGACUCUGGGAUGGUUUCAAAGAAAUUGCAAAACUGCAUUCGCUCUGCUUCCUUAAUCCCAUCCCGAGCCGCCUCGGUGUGCUUCGAAAUCAUUUUGUGCUUCGGUGUCUCUCCUCGGCUCAAAUCCCCGGAAAUCCGCCCAGUCCCGAGACUCAAAAGCGUCGCUUUGCGAGUCCCACCUGAAUCACUGUGGCUUCGUCCGAUGUUUUGAUAAAAGAAAUCUGUUUACUGAGAAA